AAAAAUAAAAAGUGUAUUGACACCCAGACGAGAUAGAAUAAUAAGCAGCUUUUUUUUUUCUUUUCUUUCCUCUACCCCGACUCAAUGUCACGUAAUAACGAACCUGACGUUCCAAGUCUCUAUGACUUGUUGGAGGCUUCCAUGGAGCUUGACAAAAAAAUUCUGCAAUAUUUACGUCAUAGCGAUGAACGUCGAAAUCAAGUUUUUUCACUCCUCCUGAAUACGAAGCCAGUUUCUCCAGCAACAGCAACCACUCCCUCCUCCUCCUCCGCAGCAGCAGCAGCAGCAACAGCUACAGCACCAACAGCCAACCCAUUUACAGAAUCUUUGGAUGGACAUGUCAAUGAACUGCUUCGACAAAGGUUUCCAGAAAAAACAGGUGAGUCUUCGCGUCCCCAUGUUGUUAGAGCGCGAAGCACAGCGCGUCCCUUACGUGGAAAUCUUGAAGUAGUGCCUGAUCUAAUGAAUUUACCAGAACUACCUAAAAUUACGAAAUCUCAUGGCCCCAGAAGGAAAAAAGAGAGACCUCGUUACGAAUAUACUGAUACGAACCGUGACAUUCAAGAAAUUGAAGAAACACCGGACGACCCUAUUCCGAUCCGUGAUAAGCUUGUGAUCCUCGUGGCUUCUCUUUUAUCUCAAAGUCUCGAUCGUAAUGUCGACAUGGAAGAGGAUAUCGUCCUUGAGGCUGUAGAUAAAAUGUUUGAGGUGGCAAACAUCACUGAAGGGGAAAUGCUGAAUUGUUAUUUCCGAAAGAAACAAAUACCUCGAUUACAAGCAUUAAAGACACCUUGGGAUGUCAUUUACAAAUCGAUUCGCACGAAAUAUGCCAUCAUCCUUGAAAGAAAAGUCGAAAGGGACUUUAAUUUGGAAAUCGGUCGUUGUGAUAAUAUGUGGGCAGCAUCAGGUUUAUUGAAACAUGUCGUGGAUACCAGAUUGAAUAUCAAUGGUUUACAAGCCAUUUCGAGUCUUCAAGAGUACGAAAAUAUGAUGGGGAUAGAACAAGAUAGUAAACCAACGAUAUCUGAACGUUCAACAAGUCAUAAAGUACCACCACCACCCAUUGUCAUUCCUGCAAGUAAUGAUGAUAGCGGUAGUAGCCAUAGCAGUAGCCAUAGUAGUAAUGAUGAUGAGGAGGAUGGGGAUGAAAGGGAAAAAGUAUCAAGAAAGCGAUUACGGGAGAGUGAUACAUCAUCUUCAUCCAGUAAAAAGCGUGGCGUUACUGUUAGUUCUUCAACAGUAUACUAUAAUGAGGAAGAUUAAAAAAAACAUUUUACAUAUCAUUUUAGCAUAUACCAAAAAAAAAAAAAAAAAAAAAAA